AUGCGAUCAGAGCGUCCGAGGGACGCUCUGAACAAAAAAGCAUCCAGUGGACGGCUUGGAAACUAUCCAGUGGACAGUUUUCCAGAAAACGUCCGCAAACUGUCAGGCAGAGUAGUGUCCAAUGGACACUCUCUGCCCUGCAAGUUCUGGACACCUCAGAUGAUGUCCAGAAGAGUGUCCAUGGGACAUCAGAAUAGUCCCGUGGUGUAUAUAUCAGUAGCUUGGAUGAUGAUGACCGGAGAGAAGAAGAAGAAGAGUGCUAAUUACGAAGGAAGAUUGCCGCGCCGCCUUUGUUGCUCUUUGGGACAUUCAAGCGGCCGCACCAGACAUCCUUUUUGGACCCAGCACACGGAACCACGACGCUCUUUCCCGCCGCGAGAGAUCAGCUGGGGUAGGCAGUUUGACAAGGGAAGAAAGGACGAAGGAUCGGGAUAA